AGCCGACCCACCCCCACCUCGCCAGAUUCCUCCCCCCUUCCUCGCCGCCGCCGACCGAUCGGCGAUGGAUCCGGUGGAGGAGUCGCCGACGGUGGUGAUGGGCUUGUACGGCGGCCCGGCGCGCCGCGUGGAGAGCGGGGCGUCGGAGACGAUGCUGCAGUGGGCGCUGCUCCAGCCGGCGUCGCACCGCCCCAACGCGUUCGCGCGGCAGGGCUUGCUCACCUUCCCCAUGGACGCGUGCGGCCGCCGCAUCUCCCUCCACCAGCAGCCGUCCUCCUUCCGGGGGGCCUCCGGGGUCACGGGCGCCGUGGUGUGGGACAGCGCCGUCGUGCUCGCCAAGUUCCUCGAGCACGCGGCCGACGCGGGGCUGCUCUCCGUGCGCGGGGCGCGCGCCGUGGACCUCGGCGCCGGCUGCGGGCUCGUGUCCGCCGUCGCGGCGCUGCUCGGCGCGCGCGUCCUGGCCACCGACCUGCCCGACCGCGUGCGGCUGCUGCGCAAGAACCUCGAGGAGAACGUCGGAGAUGGCGGGUCGGCGGCGGUGGCGGAGCUGGUGUGGGGCGACGGGUACGAGCUGGACCCGGAGCUGCUGCUCUGGCUGGAGCCGGAGCCGCCGGAGCUGGUGCUGGGGUCCGACGUGGUGUACAGCGAGGAGGCCGUGGGCGACCUGCUGGCGACGCUCUGCCGGAUCGCCGGGCCGCGCACCACCGUGCUGCUCGCCGGCGAGCUCCGCAACGACGUGGUGGUGGAGUGCUUCCUGGAUGCGGCCAUGGCGGAGUUCGAGGUCGGGUGCGUGGAGCAGGAGCAGUGGCACCCCGACUUCCGCACCAACCGCGUCGCCAUCUUCAUCCUCAUCAAGAAGAAGGAGAAGGAGAAGAAGAAGGUCUCAUCGCCAUAGCUGCUCAACAGUCUCAAUUCUUGGUCUGCUGCACACUCAAUUGUUGUAACUUUAUGAGUACCUAUGUACUGAUACUGAUAUUGAUACACCCAAUUUUGCAUUUGUCUACCAA